AUGACACCAGAGGAUGAUCAUCAUCAUGCCAAUGGUAGUGAAAUUCAUACAGCCAAGAAUAAUUGGCUGUCAGAAGAUCAUAUGUUGCUGAAUGAAUCUUUUAAGAGCCUUAGUGAAUUGGAAAAUCUCCAUCACUACAUGAACACAUUCGGCGGGGAUGUAUGUCAUAGCUGGAAUAAGGAAGCAAAAUCGCAGCUACUGAUCCUGGUAGAUUCGUUCACCAAGCAUGAGCUCCUGAGACAGGUAGCUCGAGUCACAUGGCUUCGAAACUUCCACGGGAGUCAGAAUAAAGUACGUGUAGUGUUUUUCGUGGGAAAACCGCAUAGUUUGAGUAUCGCCGAACGCCUAUUAAUGGAGAACCGCAAAUACGGCGACAUUGUUUGGACGCACGUGCCAGAAACGUCUAAUUAUCACAGGUCAAUGAAAAUGGUAUCAGGGCUGGAUUGGGUGCUCAACAAAUGCAAGAACGCCGAAUUUGUGUUGAAAGUCGACGAUCAAUCAAUUGUCAACAUGCCAGCCAUCCUAAAGUUCAUUGGCCAAAAUCAUAAUUCGAAAAACUCCAUAUGGGGAUUUAAACACAGCAUUAAGCCGAUAAAAACCAAUGCGAAGUAUAUCAACUAUACUUGUGAACAUGCAUAUCUGAUGACAAAUGAUGCAGUCAAAAAACUUUAUUCCGGUGCCUUAGAAAAGAUUCCCUAUUUGAGCGAUGAAAACCAAUUCCUUACUGGAAUUGUAGCAGCUAACCAAGGCGUCAAUGUAAUACAUGAUAAACAUUUCAGAGCAGUGACAUUAUCAUCAACUCUACCAAAUAACAGCACUGCGGUUGAACGAUGUGAUUAUGCGCAAAACCACUUCAUAUUCAUGAAACCCGAGAAUAAAGAUGAGUGGUCAGAUAUAGUGUCGUCAUUUAAGAUCUGUAGAUCUAUUUUACCUAAAAAUUCAAUGCAUCAUAAAUCAGUUUAAAAAAUUUAAGUUGUUAUAACCCGUAAU